AUGAAUAAUCUAGAGUUUACCCAUAAACUGUCCAAUGUCGAAGUAUUUCUGACAUUUGAGCUGAUGAGUCUCAAGCCAGAGUUAUUGAAAGGCAUUUACAAUUAUGGUUUUGAAGCCCCUCUGAGCAUUCAGUCUCGGGCCAUCGUUCAAAUCAUCAAUGGUCGAGAUACUAUUGCCCAAGCCCAAUCGGGCACGGGGAAAACUGCAACCUUCAGUAUCGGUAUGUUGGAAGUGAUUGAACUGAGGUCAAAGGAUUGCCAAGCUCUUAUUUUGUCGCCUACACGUGAAUUGGCGGUUCAAAUUAAUCUGGUGGUGAAGCAAUUAGGGUCAUAUAUGAAUAUCCAAUGUCAUGCUUGUAUUGGUGGUACUCAUAUGGGCGAUGAUGUUAAGAAGCUUUCGUCGGGUGGACAUCAAAUCGUUUCUGGUACUCCCGGGCGUAUUGUUGACAUGAUUAAACGCAGACUACUUAUGGUAAAGCAGGUGAAAAUGCUCAUUUUGGAUGAGGCCGAUGAAUUGAUGACCAAAGGAUUCAAGGAGCAGAUAUAUGAGAUUUACAAGCACUUAUCUCUGACCGUCCAAGUUGUUGUCGUGCUGGCGACUCUCACCCCAGAAGUUUUGGAGAUGACUGGUAAAUUUACCUCCGACCCUGUAAAGGUGUUAGUAAAAAGAGAAAAGGUCACCCUCAAAGGUAUAAAGCAGUACAAAAUUCAAUGCGAGGAGGAACAAUGGAAAUUCGAUACGUUGUGUGAUUUGUAUGAUAACUUAACCAUUACCCAGGCAGUCAUAUUUUGUAAUACUAAGGCGAAAGUGACUUGGUUAGCACAGCAAAUGAAACGGCAGAACUUCACAGUUACCCUGAUGCAUGGGGAUAUGAAACAAGAUGAGCGUGAUAAAAUCAUGGCCGACUUUCGGCUGGGUCAGCUGCGAGUGCUCAUCAGUACUGAUGUUUGGGCUCGAGGGAUCGAUGUACAGCAAGUGAGUCUAGUUAUCAACUAUGAUUUGCCGCUUGACAAAGAGAAUUAUAUCCACCGGAUUGGGCGACUGGGGAGAUUUGGCAGAAAGGGGGUCGCCAUAAAUCUUCUCACCAAAUUGGACAUUCCUGAACUAAAGGCAUUAGAAUCGUAUUACAAGAUCAAAAUCAAGGAUAUGCCUCUGGAUCUUCAAGUAAUGUAA